AUGUCUAACGACAAAAGCGUGACGGCAUUUCCAGAUGGUGAAAAUCUCACUCGUUGGCUAGCGUCUAUACGUGGUCCUGAUGGAACGGUAUAUGAAGGUCAGCAAUACAAACUUUCACUUGAGUUUGGCCCUAACUAUCCAUACAGUCCUCCAAAUGUGCGUUUUGUUUCGAAAUGUUAUCAUCCUAAUGUUGAUACUCGUGGAGUAAUAUGCUUAGAUAUUCUGAAAGAAAUGUGGUCUCCUUUACUGACUGUAGAAAAUCUUCUGUUAUCUAUUCGAAGUUUAUUAGCAGAACCCAAUAAUGAUAGUCCUUUAAAUGGGCAAGCAGCCCAACUAUGGUCUAAUCCUUCUGCAUUCCGUGCUGAAAUGAUGAAAUUUCAAGCAUCAUCGUCCAACAGCUAGUCUAUGUAAAUAUUUCAGUGUCUGGCUAUUGUGUACAGUCAAAUUUUCUCCUUAACGGUCCGCAAACUUUUGUACUAUCCAUUCUCUUUCCC